UGCUGGAGGAGGAGUGUGCGGGGAGAAGGAUGGCUGAAGCUAACCGCGAUGUGCUUGUGGAGGCUAUAAAAAAGUUAGAAGCAGAGCUAGCAGAGGUGAAAGAGAAAGUGGUGGCCACGGAGGCGAAGUUAGUAGGGUCUUUCGGACUAGAGAUGGAACGUGACAAGCUGAAGGCAGACCAAGUGGCGAUGACUGACAAAUGGAUGGAAAAUAGCCAGUUCUGCGCGCAACAUGAAGCGCGGAUGGAGAAUCUAGAUAACAUAAUUAAUGAUUUGCAAGAAGAUGUACUUGCAAACGGAUAAGGAGAUAUUGGAGAAGGAGAAGAAAGAAUUGCAGCAAAAGUGGGAGAGGGGUUGGAAAUGAAAGUUGCAAGUGCACAUAAGCAGAAGUUGGAGGUAGAGCUCCAGUUAAACAGUAAGUUGAAAGAGAAAGAGGGGGCCAUAGCCAGAAUCGAGGGACAGUUGAAAGAAAUGGACGAGACGGCAGAAGAGGCAGCAGUAGAAGCCACGAGGCAACGCGUUAGGGAUCGCGAGAUUACCGAACGCAAGUUCGUGAGGAUUGCUGAAGUGGAUACUGCAAAAUAUCUAGAUCUUGCGCUGUGUAAUAAGAAGCAGACCCCAGAGGAGAAAUGGGCUGCGCUGCAUAAUCAUGCAUAUCAUUAGUUUCUCCAUAAUUUAAAUUUGAUUGCACAUAAUAGUUGUACUCAGAAUUCCAACUAUAAUUAAAAUGAUUCAUAUGGUAAAAACUAAAUGACAAACUAUUUUUUUUUAAAUGACAAUUAAGGUAAAAAGAAAAAGAAAAUAAAAUUAAGAGAACAAAAACAAUGUUAAGAUAUUAAAAUAAAAUUGGAGGAACAAGCGCCAUCAACUAAUAAAAAUAAAAAGUUAGGAGGCACAAGUGCCAUCAAUUAGUAAAUUGCAAAUAAAAUUAAAUUAAAAUAACAACAAGAUAUAUAAAGAAAAUUACAACAAAAUUAGGAGGCACAAAUGUCGUCAACUUAUAAAAAUUAAAAUGAU